AUGGCGUCGUGCCCCGUGCUGGGAAGGGAGUCGCUGUUCCAGGCAGGGGCCCGCGCCUACCGCAUCCCGGCGCUGCUCUUCCUGCCCACACGCCGGACCCUGCUGGCCUUCGCCGAGAGGCGGACCAGCAAGAAGGACGAGCACGCCGAGGUCAUCGUGCUGCGCAGGGGACAGCUGGACGCGGCUGGCCAGCACGUCCAGUGGCAGGCUCAGGAGACGGUGACCAGGGCGCAGCUGGACGGCCACCGGUCCAUGAACCCCAGCCCCCUAUACGACGAGGUCACAGACAUGCUGCUCCUCUUCUUCAUCGCCGUGCCCGGGCAGGUGUCUGAACACCACCAGCUGCACACCAGAGAGAAUGCGGCCCGCCUCUGCCUGGCCACCAGCAGCGACCACGGCCGGACCUGGAGCCAGGCCCGAGACCUGACGGACGUCGCGCUGGGCCGGGCGCCCCAGGACUGGGCCACCUUCGCGGUGGGCCCCGGCCACUGCCUGCAGCUGACAGACGCCGCGCGGACCCUGGUGGUGCCCGCCUAUGCCUACCGCAACCUGCCGGACCGGGAGCGGCCGUCGCCCUGGGCCUUCUGCCUCCUCAGCCACGACCAUGGCCACACGUGGCACCAGGGUGACUUCGUGGCCCCCGACACGCUGGAGUGCCAGGUGGCCGAGCUGGGGCGCAGCGCCCGGAGGCUGGUAUACCUUAAUGCCAGGAGCACCGUGGGCCGCCGGGUGCAGGCCCACAGUGCCAGCGGCGGCCACACCUUCCAGCAGGCCCAGGCGGUGGCCGCGCUGGUGGAGCCCCCGCACGGCUGCCACGGGAGUGUCCUCGCCUUCCCCAACCCCCGCGGGGGUCGGGGUGCGGCUGGCAGCUGGCUGCUUUACACACACCCCGCUGACCCCCAUGGGAGGAACGACCUGGGCGUGUAUCUCAACAAGAGGCCCCCAGCGCCCACCGCCUGGCUGGGGCCCACGUUGCUGGCCACGGGCAGCUGCGCCUACUCGGACGUGCAGAGCCUGGGCCCGGGCCCCGACGGCUCCCCGCUCUUCGGGUGCCUGUACGAAUCGCGUGACUACGAGGAGAUUGUCUUCCUGCUGUUCACCCUGAAGCAGGCUUUCCCUGAGGAAGCCUAG